AUGCGACGAGCUUCAUUGAGGGGCGCAGUGAGCAUCACAGACCUCCGCUUCACUCUCCGCCGCGUGUUCGGCAAAGACGCGUUCAGACCGGUCCAGGAAGAAGUCAUCACCGCGGUGGUUGCUGGCCACGAUGUCUUUGUCUGCGCAGCCACCUCGUUUGGCAAAUCGUUAUGCUAUCAAUUGCCUGCCGUCGUCUCCUUGGGAGUCACUGUGGUAAUCUCGCCUCUCCUGGCCUUGAUGGAGAACCAGGUCCACGCAGCCAAAGCACUGGGCAUUGCUGUCGAGAUGAUCAACGGCAGGACGCCGCUGACGGACAGGCGACGUAUCGAGGCAGAUCUGCUUUGCGGCCAUCCGGAGACCAAGUUGCUGUAUGUCACGCCCGAGCUCUGCGCGCUGGACCGGUUCCGCAACAUCAUCAUGCAGAUUCAUCGCCAGGGCCAACUUGUACGGGUUGCCAUUGAUGAAGCACAUUGCAUCAGCGAAUGGGGCCAUGACUUCCGUCCAGCCUACAAAGAGCUGCUAUGGUUGAAAACCAGCCUGAAUUGCCCGUCUGUGCCAAUGAUGGCAGUGACUGCCACUGCCACGAAGCAAGUAAGAGAUGAUAUCUUCAAUUUUCUUGGUCUCGAUAAUGAGAAGACGAAAUGCUUUUCAACAUCAACGUCCCGGCCAAACAUCCACUACGAGGUCCAGUACCUCUCCGAGUCGAAUCCGAAAACCGGUGAAGACGACAUGUUUCCGUACCUAUUGUCCAAGCUGGAGUUUAUGCAUCGGAGACGAGUCGCACUGAUCCGGCAUCUUAGACAACGAGAUCCAUCCGCAACCAUACCGUUAAUUACCGGCAUUGUUUACGUUACCAUGCGUGCAACAGCAGAUACGGUAGCCUCAAAGUUGACUGGUGUGAGCAUAAGAGCAAGCGCCUACCAUGCCGGCCUGGACCCAGACAAGCGCGAGAAGAUUCAGAGAUUGUUCGAGAGACACGCAAAAGCAGAUCCACGGCUAUUGCAGGUGGAAGACAACGAUAGCAUAGCUGCGUCUUUCAACAUCAUCUGUGCCACAACGGCCUUUGGUAUGGGCAUUGACGUUGCUUCUAUCCGCUUCGUCAUACACUACGGCCUUCCCAAGGGAAUGGAGGCAUUCGCACAAGAGUCGGGUCGAGCAGGACGGGACAACAAAGCCGCCUCCAGCAUCAUAUUGUAUACGCGGGAGGAGGCCACUCGUUGCCAAUAUCGCAUGAGCUGCGAGGCAGCCAAGGAUAAGAGCAAGGCCAAGACGGAGUCGAGGUUCGAAUCGCUUAAGAGGAUCGUCGAGUUCUGCGAAAACACUAGCACCUGUCGCCACGAACUGGUUAGUCGCUAUUUCGGGGACAAGAAGGAGGCUGCCGAAUGUUAUUACGCUUGUGAUGUGUGCAAAGAAGGGUCAGCAAAGUUGAGGCAACGGAAAGAAAAGGGGCUAGCAACAGAGGAGCAGGCCAUCGAGUUCACCCAGAGAGAACCCAUGAGAUACGACGACUACGAAUGA